AUGCAGACUGCUUCUACAAACAUUUGUGAAAGACUGUGCAAUAAGUCCAUCUGUGAAAUUUCCUUGCUUCUAAAUAUUCCACGGUCAAUUGUUAGUGGUAUUAUAACAAAGUGGAAGCAACUGGGAACAACAGCAACUCAGCCACAAAGUGGUAGGCCAUGUAAAAUGACAGAGCGGGGUCAGCGUCAGCAUGCUGAAGUGCACAGAAGUCGCCAACUGUCUGCAGAGUCAAUAGCUGAAGGCCUUCAAACUUUGUGCAGCCUUCAGAUUAGCACAACAAAAGUGAGAGCUUCAUGAAAUGGGUUUCCGUGGCCGAGCAGCUGCAUCCAAGCCUCACAUCAUCAAGUGCAAUGCAAAGCGUCGGAUGCAGUGGUGUAAAGCACGCCACCACUGGACUCUAG